GCACUGCUAAAGCUGUUGGAGCAGCAGCUUGGGGAGGAAGGCCCAGGUGACCCGGCAUGGCCACAGUCGCAGGCCGCCGCCUCCUCCUGCCGCGAUGGGUGGCCGGCGGGCGGUGCCGGCUGCUCGGCACGGCGGCGGAGGCUUCUCCGGGAGGGGGAGGUGACGACGCGAUCUACGUGAAGAAGCCGGCAGAGGCGUCGGCGGUGGCGACGCGGGACGAGACGUCCGUGGCGAUGCCGGUGUCGUUCAUGACGGGGUCGGUGGUGGGGAAGCGGUUCUACCGCGGCGCCACCGUGCGGCGCGCCGACGACGGGAACGGGUGGUCAGUGAUGCUGGACUACCGCACCCUCAAGUCACCGGCCAAGCGGCCGCUCAAGCUGCCCUCGCGUGCGCUCGCCAUGGCCAUCGCCGCCGAGUGGGAGUACCAGGAAUCAGAUGGAAUCCGACCUUUUACAAUGCCUCUCAUGAAGCUUUCUUGCACUGCAUUGGAGAGAGUUCCAGUGACACGUACAAAAGUAAUUGAUAAUUUAAUGAAGAAAUUUCAUCAAGAUCUGGUAUUCUGCCGCUCACCUGCCGAUAGUGAACUAACCAUAGGAGUUCAUCAGAAGCAGAAGGAGAAAAUUGACCCCAUUCUAGACUGGGUAAACACUGAAUUUGGGUUCAAGCCUGUUGUAUACACAAGCUUCUUGGGGGGAAAGCAAGAGGAGGGCCUCACUAAGGCUGUAGAAACUGUUUUGAAGAAAGCAACUGAUUGUGAAUUGGCGUCUAUUGAUGCUAUGGCUGCAGCAGCCCAUUCCCUGGUAAUCCCUCUCGCGGUAUUUAGAGGAAGGUUGGGAAUUGAGGAGGCCAUUGAGUUGAUCAGGAUAGAAGAAGACCACCAGGUUGAUAGAUGGGGCUUGGUGGAAGGAGGUCACGACGUUGAUAUUGCUGAUCUUAAAGUGCAAAUGUCCUCAGCUGUUGUGUUUCUUGGACUUUCGCGGGGUCUGUGAACCAUUCUUUUUCUAAUCUACAGGCUGGUUAGUUGUUUAUUACCAAGCUUGUAUCGAUUUUAUGAAGAGUUGUAGAGUAAUAAUUGCCUGCAGAAGGUCAAUAGCAAACAAAGUACAUGUAUUCAGCCUGUGCUGAUGUUAGAUUUUGGUUUGACUGGAGAAAAUGUUGUUGAGGUAUGAACUUCAGAACCAAGCAUUCCAUUGGCUUUAUGUGGCCUCUAGUCUGGUAAUGGUAAUGCUAAGAGAGUAAGAAUAUUUCUGGGAA